GCGUCAAAGGGUGGGGGCUCAAAGCUGUGCGUUUUAAUACUACUAUGAGUCUGCGUCCAUGACCACACGGAAUUGAAAUGGCGGAGACAACAGAUAGAAUGGAGAUUUCUCAGGGGGAGAGCUCGGCCAAGCCAGCAGCAGAAGACAUGACUUCUAAGGACUAUUACUUUGACUCAUACGCCCACUUCGGUAUCCAUGAGGAGAUGCUGAAAGAUGAGGUGCGCACCCUGACCUACCGGAACUCAAUGUUGCACAACAAGCACCUGUUCAAGGACAAGGUGGUGUUGGAUGUGGGCAGUGGGACUGGCAUCCUCUGCAUGUUUGCAGCCAAAGCUGGAGCCAAGAAGGUCAUAGGUAUUGAGUGCAGCAGUAUUUCUGACUAUGCCGUGAAGAUCGUCAAGGCCAACAAAAUGGACCACAUUGUGACCAUCAUCAAGGGGAAGGUGGAGGAGGUGGACCUUCCUGUAGAGGGAGUGGACAUCAUCAUCUCAGAGUGGAUGGGCUACUGCCUCUUCUAUGAGUCCAUGCUCAACACUGUCAUCUACGCCAGGGACAAGUGGCUGAAACCAGAGGGCCUGAUUUUCCCAGACAGGGCUACCCUGUACGUCACAGCCAUUGAGGACAGGCAGUACAAGGACUACAAAAUCCACUGUGAGAAUUCCUCUAAAUUUUGGGGGUGGGAGAACGUGUACGGCUUCGAUAUGUCCUGCAUCAAGGAGGUGGCCAUCAAGGAGCCCCUAGUGGAUGUGGUGGACCCCAAACAGCUGGUCAGCAGCGCCUGCCUCAUCAAGGAGGUGGACAUCUACACGGUGAAGAUCGACGACCUGUCCUUCACCUCGCCAUUCUGCCUGCAGGUGAAGAGGAAUGAUUACAUUCACGCCCUCGUCACCUACUUCAACAUCGAGUUCACGCGCUGUCACAAGAGGACGGGCUUCUCCACCAGUCCAGAGUCCCCCUACACCCACUGGAAGCAGACUGUAUUCUACCUUGACGACUACCUGACUGUGAAGACUGGAGAGGAGAUUUUCGGCAACAUCAACAUGAAGCCCAAUGUCAAAAACAACAGAGACCUCGACUUCACAGUUGACAUAGACUUCAAGGGUCAGCUCUGUGAGGUGUCCAAGACCUCAGAGUACAGAAUGCGUUAGGUGCCCCCUUUUCCCACACCUCGUGUGUUUUGUGAAAGGGGGAGUGCUGAAGGAAGAGCAGCGGUCAGUGUGUGUCUGUAUGAUCACUUAAUUCUCAUCCUCCAAAACUAGUACUCUUAAGCAAUGUUUGAAAUAUUAUGUUUUGCUUUCUUGUAACGUUUAAUCAGAUGUUCUGAGGUUUAAAACAACCAGUGGAAAGACAUGGCCACUCAUUGUGCAAUAGUCAUUGAAAUGUUUUUUUUGUUUAUUUUAUUAUACACACAUGUGCUUAU